UCGAAAAGUUGAAGGCAAACGGGUACCUUUUACCGGAGAUUCGAUGUACCUUACCCCAACUAAAAUUGUCUUUCCAGUUAUGCUUGUUGAAAAAAUUGGCUCCUAUCUUGAAAUCUUGUCUUGAUUUUCAGAGGAGGAACCCAGAUCUAUCUAUGGAUUCUACUGGUGAAGGUAAUUAAAGGAAGGGAGAACUUAGAGAAGGGGAAGGAGAAAGAGGAGCAAAGGUGGAAGGAAGGAAGGAAAAGGGCAGGAAAUGGUGGUUUGGUUUGGUGUUGGACAGUGUAAUUGCACCAAACCAGAAGUCCUUCUUCAGUCUGCGCUUGCACUCCGAGAUGACCUGCAAAGCCCCGAGGUUGAACUCGGGGUAGACACUCCGAUGCUUAAGUGCACGAGCGUCCACCAUACUUACUGUGCCGCUCAUCGUAAGGGAUCAGUUCGAGGUUUGGCACCUCGGACCUAUCCUUACACUAUUCCAUCUAGUUCAGAGAAGACGGUCGAAGGGGUGAGGGGAGAUGAGGUGGUGGAGGUUGGGGGAGAGGAGGUUGUCGAAGGGGUUGGGGGAGAUAGCAUACCCAUUACUGUAGUAGAAGUAGAGGGUAGAGGAGAGGGAGGGUAUGAUGUGAAUGCGGAGAUAGUGGAGGAGGUGAAGCAGUACAGGUCUGAGCUGAGGACCAGGGAUAGCCUGGGUCACUUGGUAGAGAAUUAUGAUCUCUCUUCCCGAGUGUUAGUUAGGCCAGCUGGGGUAGAGGAGAGGGCGUGCUCUGCUCCUCGGGAUCACUGGAUGCCUGUGUAUUCCCACUAUUUGAUAGCGGGACUCAGGUUUCCACUUCCUGAGUUGCUAAUAGGGUUAUUGUUAGAUUACAACAUAGGGUUGACACAAUUGGUCCCCAAUGCAAUAAGGGGGGGAAAUAGGAGGGAUAAGGGGUGGUAUUAUUUCACCCCUAGGGUAGCUAAGAAGGAGAGUAGGAUUUUAUUUAUUGCGGGUCCUUCAUCCAUUAAAGAAUGGAAGGAGAAAUUCUUUUUUGUAGAUGAUACUGAGUGGGGGAAGGGGGAUGCCGAGGUGAGGGCGUUAGCUUCCUGGAAGGCCAAAAGGGCCAACCAGAAUAGGUUUAGCUUAAAUGGGGAUGAGGAGGAAGAAGUGAAGAAGUUGGUGAGGAAUAGGGGGGAGGAAUUGCAUAUCAUGGACCUCACCAGCGCAGCAUGUAUAGAAGCUGCUGAGCUCUAUGGGCCAAGUGCUCUAAGUGAAGUUGAAAUGGACCAGUUUCUGAACACUGCUGGAGGAGCGCCCAUCCCUAAGAAGCCAAGGAAGAAGUCAAAGACUUCAGCCAAACAAGUGGAUGAGGGGAGGGCUGGGAAGGAGGUGGUACCCUUGGCGUCAGCUGGGACGGAGGAAGAGGUGCCACCGCUAAAGAGAAAGGGUUGGGAGGAGAGGAGGGCACUGCAAAAGAAGCAGAAGGUAGUAGAAGAGGAUAAGGAGGAUGAGGUUCCUGAGUUCGUACCUCAGCCUCCUCCUAUUGAGCUGGACCCCGAGCUCAGACGGUUGGAGGAGGGGGCUGAGGUACGGGCUGAGGUACGGGCUCCUGGGAAGGGGAAAGGCCCUGUUUCCCCUGCGGUGCCUCAGAGCAGCCUGUUCGAGGCUAAGAACGUAAUGGGGGCUAGGUGGUUUAUCAACAGCACCUUCCCCGAAGUGGACAAGCGCAACACGUGGGAGGAAGCUUUGAGGUACGGGGGAGCAUCUGUUGUGAAGCACGUCCUUGAGAGCGCGAGCUGGGUGAAUGGUCUAGCCCAGGAGUUCAGGGAUAGUGUCAAGGAGCGCGCACUCUUGCAGAGGCAGUGUGACCAGCUGCAGAAGGAGAAGGAGGAGAGCAAGCGAAGGAUCGCUGAAAACGAGCGGGAGGCUCAAGCGCAAGAAAUGAAGCUGAUGACAGAGGCGUUCAAGGAGCUGAAGGGGAACAUGCGGAAGUUGGUGCACAAUGGGAUGAAGGAGCACAUCAGCAACUUCAUCAGUUCCAGCUCGUUUGACAGCAUCGUCAACCUGUAUCGGCUGCCCACUGCUAUCAUCGCUUUCACAGGCUGCAGAAAGAAGGUGAAGGCUGCAUAUCCCGAAGUGGAUGUGAUAAAGGUCACCUUCGGCGAGCAAGAAGAAGGGGUGGAGGAAGAUGGUGAGAGCAUGUCAGCAGACUUUCGUCCUCAGAUCAAACUGAGGUGGGAGGAUGAUGCAGACGGUCUUGCUGUUUUUCCUCCACAGUUCGACUUCGAGUUCGUUGCAGUGGAGGAAGAAGGAGCAGAGGUAGAGGAAGACGAAGUGGAGGCAAGAGUAGAAGGAGCUGGAGUGGAUGAUAGUCAACCAAUUCCAGAAGUGGAGAUUCAUCCAGUUCCUUCUGACGAUGAGGAGCCUCCUCUGCCAGACGAGCAGCAGCCAACACUGCCACCUCUUCCAGCUGAACAGGAGCCAGUGGAGCCACCUCUCCCAGAAGAAUAAUUUGCUUGUUUUUUAAUUUUUUAAUUUUUGUAAAGACAUUUAUAGCUUGUAAUCUUUAUUUUACUUGAAAUGAAAAUUUAUUUUUGGUAUUAUGUUUUAUUAAUAAAAGAAUUGCGAUUUG